AUGUCAUCCAUGGAAAUGGGCAUAUACCCGUUUACGCAUGACCAACAACCCUUAAUGGAUCAUGCUCCGGAUUUAGAGCCUGUUGGAAUGGUGUGUGACGAGGAUUACAGAUUGGAAAUAGUGGGAGGUGAGGAGUGUGAUUUGUUGCAGGAAAAGGUACCAACCGUGUACGGAAAUGUGAAAGUGACGAUCUAUGGUGAUCGCAAAAGACAUCCAAUUGUAACAUUCCAUGAUUUGGCCCUUGAUUCUGAAAACAAUUUCCAAAAUUUUUUCCAAUUCGGCUCAGUAGCGGAUUUCACCGAAAAAUUUUGUGUUUAUAACAUUAACGCACCAGGACAAGAAAUGGACGCAGCGCCAUUACCUGAGAAUUACGUUUAUCCAACAAUGGACGGUCUCGCAAAAAUUGUCGAAGCAUGUGUGAAGCAUUUCGAGAUAAAAAGUUUCAUUGGCUUUGGUGUUGGUGCGGGAGCGAACGUGAUGUUAAGAUAUGCGUUGUUAGAAGAAACGAAGUUGGAUGCGUUGGUGUUGGUGAAUUGUGUGGGGACGACAGCCGGAUGGAUUGAAUGGGGAUAUCAGAAGGUCAAUAUGAAUUACCUUCGAACUCAUGGAAUGACCUCAUUCACAGUUGACUACCUAUUAUGGCAUCACUUCGGAAAACAUCUUGAGCAGUACAAUCCGGAUAUUGUACGUCAGUAUCGUGUCUAUUUUCAGAACCUUCCCAACCCAACCAAUCUUGCCUCUUUCAUCGAGUCGUAUUUGAAUCGUACGCCGUUACUGUUCUCUCGUGAUGGUACGGCCGGUCCUACCCUGAAAGUUCCCGUGCUUCAAAUCGUUGGCUCAGGAUCAGCGUUUGUGAAUGACUCAGUUGAGGUGAACGCACGACUUGAUCCCGCAAAAUCCGAUUGGAUUAAGGUAAUGUAG